UUGGUUGACCACACGAACUCCACGCGCCACUUUUCUCCACAGUAGACAUGAAGAAUAUCCCACAAGGUGGUGGAAGAAAUAACAGAUCGUUUUUCUCUUGACCGAACUGUAUUUUCGGUGAAAAAUUUCAUUUUCCCAAGAAAACCAUCUCGCCAGAAUGCACGAUUUUUGCUUCACAAUCCCUUAUGGAUUGGUCCUGGUUGGUGGGGGCAUUGUUGGGUAUGCCAAGAAGGGGAGCCUUGCUUCUCUAGGUGGGGGCUUGGGCACUGGAUUUGUGCUCAUUCUUGCUGGUUAUUUGAGUCUCAAAGCCUUCAAGAAGAAGAAGAACUCAUACCUUGCCUUGAUUCUUGAAACGGUUUGUGCUGCUGCACUCACAUGGGUCAUGGGUCAGCGCUAUAUGCAAACCUCCAAGAUAAUGCCAGCUGGCAUUGUUGCUGGGAUCAGUGCUCUCAUGACUACAUUUUAUCUGUACAAGAUUGCAACCGGUGGCAACCACAUCCCAACCAAGGCUGAGUAAUGGCAUUGAGAAUCUAUUUCAACAAAGGUCUCACACAAAAUGUAACAAGAUCACACAAAUCCAGAUGCUUGUAUUGAACACUUCGAUGUUCUUGAUUGACUGAAAUGUUACCACAUGCCAAAAUUACAUCUUGUGUGUAUGAAAUUGAAGAUGACUUGUAGGUGAAAAAACCAGUUCUCUAACACUCUUCAUUGUUUUUUCUGAAUCAAUUAAAGACAGUCUCUAGACUAAUGCUAGAGAAAACCCAUA